AUGAACGAGGGUCCCUCUUCUUGGAUAUCAACAGGGUUAAUAUCCAUUCUCAGUGUUCUACAAACAACCACAAAUUCCACAUCUACAAAUACUACAAGUGUCUGUGAUCCCAGUCUCUUGAAGAAUGGAACAGAAAAGGAAGAAUAUGGCCUCUGUCCAGAGACUGUUAGCAGUCAAGCUGUCAGUGGUAUUCUUCUGGGCACUUAUCUAAUAUUUGUGGUUUUCACAAUUGCUUCAGUUAUCAAAACUAGGAAAGUUCCUCUUGUAAAAUAUAGAGAAGUUGCUGUCAUGAUUGGUGCAUUGCUUUUGACAGGUCUAUUUGCUUUUAUUUUCAUCUUACGUUUGACUGUUGGUCGUAAAAUAUUCCCUUGUUUCAUCUACAUGUUGACCUAUUUCUUUGCUGCUCCGGUUGUCUUCUUCCCAACACUUUUGAGAUUGUGGAGAUUGAUUUGGAUGUCUCGUUUGAAUAAGACUCGUGUUGAAUUGUUUCGUCUCGAAGAGAGUCUCAUUAAGAAGGGAGGAGAACCGAGAAGAAAGAGAGAAACCGUACAAGUACAACCAUCUACAUCUUCUGGAAACGUUUCAGAUGUUGAGGAUAGUCCAGGAACUGGUUCUGGAAUAGUCCUCUUCAAUACUACAACAGUGACGGAUACAGACUCUUACGAUGAGGAUUCAGAUGACACUGAUUCAGAUGCUGGUUCUGUCACUAUGGAAAUGGAUGAUUCACUUUCCACUUCAUCUGGAGGAGUCACUACUGAUGAAAAACUAAACUCUCUCGAUCCAAACCAAGGUAUCAGAAGACAAAUGUCAAAAGCAAGUGGUCUUCACAAAAGUGUAUUGGCAAAUGCCAUUUCAACUGUAACUCAAGAAGAAUUAGCAAAAUACAUUGCAUUGGAAACUAGAAUUGUUAGAAUUCAACACGUUUUAAAGUGGUGGUUCUAUUUAGCAGUCACAAUUGUCUUUAGUUUUUUGCAUUUGCUCAUUUGGUUGAUUUGUGGUUUAGUAGAAACCUUCUAUCUCUCUUCUUAUCCUGAUUCCACUAAAUUCACUGUAACUGCAGACUUUUUCGUAUUCAAUCAUGGUUGUGGUGCAGGAACAGGUACUUUGAUCACUGUUGCUGUUCAAGGUUUGUCAUACUUGGUAGCUAUUCUAGUCCUUUUGAUUUUCACUCUUCGUGAAGACAAUGACACUUGGCGUAUUAGAGUUGAGACCUUUACAGUUUUGAUAUUAUGGGUUCUCUGGAUUGUUGCCUAUAUUAUAGCUGGGCUUAUACCAGUGGUUGGCUCAUUAACGGAUGCAUAUUUUGCUUACGGGCUCAUCUUGUUCUUCGCUGUUGUGACUGAUAAUAUUGUGACUGGUUUCAUUCCAGCUGUCAGAGCUAUUGCAGAGCUAAUCUCUGUCUACUCCAAACAAAAGGGAUCAGUAAAGAGGAAUAAGGACGUAGAAGAAGAGGAAGGAGUAACUACUGUGGAAAAGGGAGCACUAAUCAAGAUGCUCAGGGACAAGAAAAUGUUUGAUAUCUUGUUGGCAUUUGCCAAACAAUCAUACUGUCCAGAAAGUGUUUUAGCUUGGAAGGAAAUUCAAUUGUACAAGAGAAAGUCAAAUGUCAAGGCAAGAAGAAAAUUGGCAAAGAAUAUUCAAAACAAAUAUUUAAAGUCUGAUGCUCCUAUGGAAUUAAACUUACCUUCUAAAUUCAAUAAGGAAGAAAUUGGAAAGACUAUUGAUGAUGUCACUAAACCUCUAUCUAAGGACUUUUUUAAUGCACUGGCAAAGCAUUGCGAACAAGACAUGAUGGAUAUUUGGGACAGAUUGAGAAAGAAGGAUAAGAGAGUUCAAGAAUUUGUUACUAAUUAUCAAAAAGAAUGUGAAGCUAAGAAGAAUAAUGCUGCCAAGACAGCACAACCAAAUGUUUAACUCGUGUACAUAUUUUAUUCAACAUUAAAAGAAAAUUUG